AUGAACACCACCACUAACAUUAACAAUAACAUCCCUCUACCUCUCAACUACUCUGACAUUCCUCACACCAGCACAGCAAUAUUGGCAGAUGACCAGAUCGUAGCAGUCAGGAAAUGGCAUUCCGACCUCACAUGCCCAAGCGGUCUAUCUAACGCUGAGUACACAACAUUCCUCCGAUACUGCACUGAAUUCUUCCUCGCCUCAGACAAGCUAUGGAAGAAAGAUGUUCAAGGCCGACACAAGCUCAUCACGCUGCCCACCCACCACAUUUCCAUUCUUGCCUUGGCCCACAACGACGUCGCGCACAAGGGCUUCUUUGCCACUUGCAUCCUCAUCAUUCAACAAACGCGCAACGUCUUGAUCCCUCCAGUUGUUGCAUUGCCGGCAACUCUCUUUGCCAAAAUAUAUAUGGACACGAUGCACAUGCCAAUGGCAGGAGGCUUCCAAUACCUCGUUCAAGGUCGAUGCUCAAUAUUGCACUAUCCCGAGUUCCACAUGCUCCACAACAAGACUAACGCCGCCCUUGCCAACUGGAUCUCCGAGGAUAUUCUCUGUUGCUGGGGCACCCUCGUCAAGAUCGUUUCCAAUAACAGACCAGCCUUUGUCAACAUCUAG